AUCUAUUAUCAUUUAUCUAUAAUGUUUAUCAUUAAAUUAAUUCGGUAUAAUUGUCGUGUUGGACUAGUUUUAGCAUUCGAAAGGCAGAAAUUGGUACAUUACUAUUAUUACAGAACUAUUACUACUACUUGCUAAAUUUGACAUAACUAGAUUUUUAAUUCUUAUGACAUAAUGGAAAAAACUAAACAAGCUUUGUCGUCUAUACCCCUUCUAAAAACAAAAGCAGGUCCUAGAGAUGUAGAUUUAUGGCCACAACGACUAAAAGAAGAAUAUCAGUCUUUGAUCCAAUAUGUUCAAAACAACAAGGCAGCUGAUAAUGAUUGGUUUCGUCUAGAAUCAAACAAGGAAGGAACUAAAUGGUUUGGGAACUGUUGGGUGUUUCAUAAUCAACUUAAAUAUGAAUUUGACAUUGAAUUUGAUAUUCCAGUUACAUUUCCAACUACAGCACCUGAAAUUGCAUUACCUGAACUUGAUGGUAAAACUGCUAAAAUGUAUCGUGGUGGUAAAAUAUGUCUUUCUGAUCAUUUUAAACCAUUGUGGGCUAGAAAUGUACCAAAGUUUGGCAUUUCUCAUGCUUUAGCACUUGGUUUGGGACCAUGGCUAGCAGUUGAAAUUCCAGAACUAAUUUCACGAGGUGUAGUUGUUUAUAAAGAAAAAGAUGAGGACAAAUAAAUAUUACUUACAGAAAUUAUACCUUUACCUUUACCUUAAGAGCUGCAAGUGAUAUUUAAGUAAAUGUUGUAUUAUUUUAAAAUAACUGUUUCUUUUCUUAUGUAACCUAACUAUCUUAUUAUAUUUAAA